AUGUCUGAUAAAACCACAACCCCUUCAGAUAAUAUAGCCAAUGAGCAAAGGCUUCCGUCUGUAUCCAAAGAUGAUAAAGGUACGUUGCUGCCCACCAAUUUUGAUAAACAUCGUAAUGAUGUGGGGGAGCUAGGCACAGAUUCAUGCACUAAAUCUUUACCAUCCAUCACAGAAAUCCCAGUUAGUGACGAUAGCGACAUAAAACAACAUGAUGGCUCUGCUUUCGAUUCAAAUCUUUCUCAAAUAAAGUACUAUAAGCAGUCUCCUCAUCCAUCGAUCAACGCGUUGGAAAAGGAUAUUGAAGAAGUCAGUAAAAAAUGUAAUGACCUGAAAUCCGCUCUGCUUACCAAGGAAACUUCCCUGACUGAUUCUGCUCAGGAUUUGUUCAACUCUUUGAAAGUUUUGUCACAUAACCAAUCAGUUUUGGAGAACAAAUUGGAUGAUGUAAUGAAGAAUCAAGUCAACACGGAUAUAUUGGUUAAUAACAUGAACGAAAGAUUGAAUAAACUGUCAACAUUGUUGCAAAACACUUCAAAAUCCAACAAUUCCAACAUUUUCAUAGAAAACGCAUCACACUACACUAAUUCACAGCAUAAUACUUCUUCUUCUUCUCGCCGGGGUCCUGGUAGACCAAGAAAGGAUACCUCAUCUUCUACAAUGAACAAAUUAAUUUCAAAUGUAGCCUCGGCCAAUCCUAAAAGCUCAUCUAAUCAUAACACGCUCUCACCAGUUAAUGUUUCCUUACCAACUGCCGUGGUGCAAACAUCUAAAUCCAAAAGAUACUUCGUGGAACCGUCAACGAAAGAGGAUUCACUGUUAUUAACUGCUCCAUCGUCAUCAAGAGAUGAUGCUGAAAUAACGUUACUUUCCAUACCGCCAAGAACAAACUCUGAAAAUGGUAAAGAACAGCCAUCAACGGCAAAUUCUAGUUCAAUGACACCAACCCCUGUUACGCCGAACAAUCUAAUUCAAAUCAAAAGGAAAAGAGGCAGACCCCCUAAGAAGAGAACUGUAGAAACAAUGUUAUCCAACUCCACUGAUACGAUGGACAAAUCUGACGCUUCUAGUCGGAUCAAGAACGAGAUUCCAGUAAAUUCAUUACUUCCAUCUUCGAAAUUUCAUCAGAUACCAUCAUCUCCAUCAAACCCUACAUCGCAGCCAGUACCGAUUCGGACUUCAAGGUCAGCCACACAUGAAACAGUAUCUAAGAGUUUAGAACCAAUGUCUCCCAUCUUAACUAAUGGUGACGUCAGUGCUGAAGAUUUAAAUGCAACCGAGAAUAUUCAUAAUGAUGUGGAAGAAAUGCUUGAUGGUGAAGCAAAAAAAAUACAGAAGGAAAAAACAAUAACCAUUCAGGCUACCAGUAAUGGUAGCAGUAAUAAUACUAACAACAACAAUGACAAUAUCAUCAAGUUUUCUGCUAAUUCGGAUAUGAAUAGUGAUAUUCGUCGCUUAAUGGUCAAUGAACAGUUUUCGUUAAGUUAUGAUGCCAGCGGGAACAUCACGGUAAAACUACCACCCGUUUCCUCUCCCGCUGCAGCGACGGCUGCCGCGGCUGCUGCAGUUACGUCCGAAAUGAAUAGACAACAAAGGGAGUUGGAUAAAAGGCGUGAUUCAAGGGAGAAAAUGCUUGUUAAUAUGAAAUACAAUGAUCGUGACAAGGCAAAAUCCUUUAUGGAAUCUAACAAGAAACUUUUAAAGGCGAUGAAGGAAGAAGAACGAAGAAAAAGGAUGACUUCGAUAAUACAUGAUAAUCAUCUGAACUUGAAUUUGAAUGAGAUAUCCACUCGUUCAAAAAUAAAAGGUGUUGAAAAACCAACCACAGGAGGUACUUCGACAUCACCAAAGCCAAGAUCUGGCUCCAUUACUACUGCAUCAGAUCCACAAGAUGAGGAAAGUGAAGCAUCGGAACAAGAAAAGCUGCUCGAGAUUGAUAGCGAAGGUUCAAAUAUAAAUGCCGAGUCACACAAGAUGGGUCAAACGAUACUUGCCGCGGGAGCGGUCCAUAAAGUGGGGAUACAGUCUAUGUUAAAUUCUGGUGAAGAGAUAGACACCAACGAUGAUGCAGAAUACGAAAGAAAGCAUUCAGGAGAUGAGGCAACGACUACAUUUGUUCCAUUAAAAAACUCGCCUUCUUUGGACCUGAUGGGAAAAAGAAGUUCAGACAGAGAGGAUCAAGCGGACGAUAUAAUCAUACCUUCAAAGAAAAGACGCAUAUUAGACCAAAUAAAAGAUGUAGAAGAAAAGGAAGAAAGUGAAGUUAGCCAUAACGAAAUAUUGACUACCGUCGAGAACGUCUCGGGAGACAUCUCGGCAGAUUUCUCCAAGGGAACUUCAUCUAUCCAUAAUGACAUCGAAUCUGUCAAUGACAGUGGAAAUGGCAAUGGAAACCUCGGAUUGGGCACAGAGUCGCGCAAUACGUUAUUGACGGCGACCCCCAUUGAAUUAAUAUGCCGCGAAGGAUUUUUCUAUCGAAGGGAUAUUCCCGACGUACCCAUUACCACGGGUGCCUAUCUGGAAUUCAAAUUCAAAGCCAAAGAAGAAGAGUUGAUCAACUCUAGUAUUAAUGAAGAAGAUUAUGCCACGAAGUCGAAACAUGAAAAAAUGAAUGCGCAUUUUUUCAAGCCUGAUAUCCAAGAGGAGACUGAACUUGCAUUUCAAAUUUUGAGCAAGACGACGCUGACAGAGAAAUACGUCAACAGUUUGGAAUACUUCUUGAUGGAAUUCAGAUGGGAAAAUAAGCUAGUCGGGCUAGGCCUAAAGCUCAGAGAAUCCAAGAGAACUUGGCAAAGGAGAAAGGCCUUAUUUGCUCUUUUCGAGUUUUGGAGAGACCAGUCAAGAGAUAAAAGAAAGUUCCAUAACUACACGAUCCUGCACGCGGUGAAAGAGAUGGAAAACUACAGAAUAUUCAUUAAUCGAUCCGUCUCAUGGUUCUACAACCAUAUAACGCUAUUAAAGAUGAUCCUUUACGAUUUAUGCGACAACGUGACCACGCAAUGGAGAGAAUGGAUGUUUCCUCACGACGAGGCGCUGCCCACGUUAGGUCAGGAUGGUAUCACUGAAGAAAAUUUGAAUGAGACGGUUGACAGCAUGUUAAUUUUCGAUUUCCUUGACGACGGUUCCGAAAACAACCAGGUGAAAUAUUCCAGAAUUAUACCGCCGGAUAUCCGCUAA